CGAUGGCCACGAUGUCCUUCAAAUGCACACCCACUACCGUCAGUUAUUUCUUACAACAAGCUCAAUGGCGCGGUAUAAAAUAUAGAACGGCGGACAAGCAGACAUCCUACGCUUUCUCCAGCCUGAAUGCCGACAAAACCGACAUCGCCGCUCUCUCGCGCCUCCCGAUUACUGGACAUCUUUAUCUGGCCCCUGGCUAACCAACCACUUACAUUCGUCGCCGGGAUUUUUCUCAUGACGUUCAAGCUAUGGAUCGCAACCACACAACUCUAUUGCAUAUGCCCUGUCGCUCCUGGAUCGCACAGAAGAGCACGUACUGCGACGAACACUCCCCCACACCCCACCCCCUUCCCCACAAUCGUCCGCUGCAACGCUUCCAACAUUUUUCGCGCGCAUUCUCCUCAGUUGAUACGAUGCCCAUAUAAUUGUGGUCCUUAUGUCGCGAAGGAGGCGAUUGGAGACGUGCAAAGGGCUCGAAGGUCCGGAAGGCAGAUGCAUGAGCGGGUGUCGGUAUUGUUAGCAAUGAAUGCAUCGUGAUCCGCGAACGCGCCGACAGUACUCUGAUUUGCCGUCGACAAUGUCUGACGGAACUCUAACCUCAACACAUAAAUCAUCGGUUCUCAACCUCGAGCGACAAUCUUUCGUGCAAUAAAUUCCCCGUUUCCUGCCAAUCUCGAAGCUGAUGACCCUUUCAUCAUAUGAGGCUGGUGUCCCGACACCAGGUACGCUCGUGUAUCCGAGCAUGAGACCAUUGCGC